GGACACGCAGGGCGCUCGCGGGAUUGUAGUCGGCUCGAACCCGGACGCGAGGGACGCACGGGACCCUCCGGACUGAGCAGGACACCGCAGGAGCCGGAACCUUCCAACCGAGCUAUGGCGACCGCUCCGGGCGCCCGACUCCUGCGCGCCGUCUGUGCCUCCGUCGCUUUCCGUGGCCUGGAUCGCCGCCGGCUGCUGGCCUGUGGGGUCCGCGCGGGAACUGCCUUCCCUCAGUGGACCCCAAGCCCCUGCGUGCUCGCAGAGGCGGGACGGGGGCGGCCGCUGAGCGUGUCUGCGCGUGCGUGGAGCAGCUCAGAAGAUAAGAUAACAGUUCAUUUCAAGAACCGUGAUGGUGAGACACUAACAACCAAGGGAAAAGUCGGUGACUCUCUGCUGGAUGUUGUGAUUGAAAAUAAUCUAGAUAUUGAUGGUUUUGGUGCUUGUGAAGGAACUUUGGCUUGCUCUACCUGUCACCUUAUCUUUGAGGAUCAUAUAUAUGAGAAGUUAGAUGCCAUCACUGAUGAGGAGAAUGAUAUGCUUGACCUGGCUUAUGGACUAACAGACAGGUCGCGAUUGGGCUGCCAAGUCUGUCUGACCAAAGCUAUGGACAAUAUGACUGUUCGUGUGCCUGAGGCAGUGGCAGAUGUUAGACAGUCUAUUGACAUGAGCAAGAAUUCCUAAGAUACAAUAAAAGGAAUAUUUUCAUGAAAUUUUUACCUAUUUUUAUAAUUAUUUCUCAGUAUAAUUAAAUGAUUACACAACAGAAUGUAUUUCUCAGUGUGAGUAGCUGUGCUGUUUUAAUUCAGUUUGUAGUACUGAAAGACUGCAGUUUUGUUUUGAUUAAAUUAUUAAAAUGUCAGUUUAAUUUUAGAAGACAGCUGAUAUAAUAAACUCCUUACACAUUUUA